UAUAAGUCCUUUAUAUAAAGGGCUGCCCUUGGCUCCAGAUUUCCAUGACUACAAACCAAAUGUCACUAUCAGUCUGUGAUCACCGGUUUGAAGAUAAAUUAUAAUUACUUUUCCUCUUUCAUUCCUUUUCCCUUAUUUUUGUUAAAUCCUGGUUUCUCACAGUUCCUGUCUCAUUUUUAAUCCAGGUGCCGCUUGAUCUAUUAAAACAGCCCUGAGAGGAGCUGAUACAUCAGUGAACACCCACCAAACACCUGUUGCUCUGUUACCCGGCACCUUUCUGAAGGGUGCAGCAUGACAGAGCUACACGAAGCCGUGGCUUUGGGGGACUACGACCUGGUGGAAAAGAUUUUGAAGGCAGGACGCUGCGACCCAAACCAAAAGGAUGUUGACUGGCACGACAGGACCCCACUGCACUGGGCUGCUGCCAAAGGGCGGUCGGAUCUGGUCAAGCUCCUCGUGGAUCACGGCGCCCGGCAUUGCCUGCGGAGCGACGUGGGCUGGACUCCGGCUCACUUUGCCGCCGAGUCGGGGAGGCUGAGGGUGCUCCGCACCCUCCAUUCCCUGCACGCCGCCAUGGAUGCAGCCGACCUCUUUGGCGACACUCCCAAGAGGCUUGCGGAAAUCUACGGUCACCAGGACUGCUCCAAGUUCUUGGAGAAGGCAGAGGUGGAGAGCAGAAACUACCGCACGACAGCUGCAAUGAAAGGAAUCCCCUUAGACCAGAGAGAUGAAGACUGGGAACAGAAGAAAGAGGAGCUUGGGAGAAACCCACCAUGUUUUUGGGAGAACUGCACAACCUCUACUCCAAAGAAAAAUAGGGGAAAAAAGGGGAAGCAGUAGUUUGUCCUGUCUGUUUGGUGCCUCUGAGCAUGUGAAAUGCAGAGCAAAGGCACUGGCAGAUCUCAGGUGAAUCUGCAGGGUGAUAUACACGUGAAUGGGGGAAGCAAAUGCCCACAAGGAUGUGUCCUUGAGAUAUACUGCAAACAACGUCCUUAACAGGGAAGAGUUAGAAGUGCUUCUGUCUUUCUGUGUGUCUCUAUGUAUCAGAUUUCAAAUAUCAAAAAACUGCAGAAUAUGUUUAAAUAUACCAAUACUCUAAAUCA